AUGGAAAAAUAUAUGAUUAUAUCGCCGAUUGGCGAAGGCUCUUUUGCAAAAGUGUAUCGUGGUCGAGAAAAAUAUACUGGAAGAGAUGUGGCAUUAAAAUUUAUAUCAAAAUUAGGUAAAACAGAAAAGGAUUUAUAUUUUCUACGACGUGAAAUCGAUAUACUUCGCAAAAUGAAACACGAAAAUAUUGUCGACAUGAUCAAUAGUUUUGAAACAAAUAAUGAAAUAGUUGUUGUGACAGAACGUGGAUUGGCUGAUCUGUAUCAAUUAUUAGAAGACGAUGUCAGUUUACCAGAAGAAACGGUACAAAAAAUUGCUUGCCAAUUAGUAUCAGCUCUUUAUUAUUUACAUUCUCAUCGUGUGCUUCAUCGAGAUAUGAAACCACAAAAUAUAUUAAUUUUUCCUGGAGGGAAAGUAAAGCUAUGUGAUUUUGGUUUCGCUCGAAAUAUGACAAUGGAAACAAUGGUAUUAACAUCGAUUAAGGGUACUCCAUUAUAUAUGUGUCCAGAACUUGUUGAUGAAAAACCAUAUGAUCAUUCUGCCGAUUUAUGGGCACUCGGCUGUAUUUUAUACGAGGUUUAUCAUGGUAAACCACCAUUUUUUACCAACAAUGUUUUUCAUUUAAUAAAAAUGAUUGGAAAAGAAUCUGUCAAAUGGCCAAAACCAAUAAGUUCUGAUAUGCGUAACUUUUUAGAAGGUCUUCUUACAAAAGACUCAACUCAACGUUUAACGUGGCCAGACUUAUUACAACACCCAUUUGUUCGAACAGGAGUUAAAGUACCACUUUUAACGGAAUCAAUAGUGGGUCCAUUGACACAACCACCAACAGAAGAACAACGUAUUUUAAAACAGCAACAAAUAAAAGCUAAAGGGGUUUCACGAGGUCCUUCGAAGCUUCUCUCAAAAUUUAUGCCAGAUGAACAUCGAAAAGAUGCACCAAAAUCACCUGGAAGUAAAGAUAAAAAUCAAAAGAAAACAAAAAUUCCAACUUUGCAAAAUACUGAAGUUCAACCUGCUCAAUCUCGAACUGUACCACCACCCGCACCGCUUGUUGAACCAAUAAUAAAUCAAUCAACUAUUGUUGCUGAUUCUUUAGCAAGGCAAGAAGAAAAAUUUGUAUCGGCACGUGAAAAUCUUCAUUCAUCAAGAUUAACAAGUCGAACAAUCCAAGAACAAGAAAUCGAACAAUAUGCGGAGCAAAUUGAAUCGAUGUCAAAUGAACAAUUAAUGAAUUUACUUCAUCAAGAAUCAUUUUAUAAAUUAUUCGAAACAAUACAAACAACAAUAUUAUCAAACCUAUUAGAAUGUACGUUAAACGGCGCUUCAUUCUAUCGUAAUAUGAUGAAAGUCAUUAGAUUUAUUUUACAAUCCGAUAUCGAUCCACAUUUAAUUAUAUCAUUUACGAACUCCAAUAAUACACAAAAUUUAUCAUUGAAACAUCUUAAAGCUAUUUUAGAUCAUCCGACUAUUCGAAAAGAACCUUGGUUUGCUCAUGUACUCUAUGACAUAUUAAUAGUGAUACGACUUUGGUUCGAAUUAAUAACUGCUUACACUCUUCAACAAUUAGAUGAAGAACAAUGUCAAUAUUAUUUAACAAUGUCACAUGAAUUUCUUGAACUAACAUCAAUUAUAUUAAAUAUAGCACCAGCAUUAGAUUAUACAAUUUGUUGCGAAACAUUAAUGAUAUUAAUUAUUCUUUGUGAAUCGUAUGAAGACGCAUCACCAUUACUUUGCCAAGCGUGGUAUGAUCCUGUACGUAUAGAUAAAUGCCAAGUAUGGCCUGCUAUUGCUCAAUUAAUAACAACCAGUUUUAAAUCAGAAAAUUCAAAUAUAGAAAUUUACAAUGAAACAUUGAUGUAUACUAUUGCUACUAUGGCUGCUCUUACUUACCCAUCACAAUGUUUGCCAGAUGAAUUGCUUGAAGCAAAAAUUAAAGUAGCAAAUUCGCUUGCAUUAAAAUUACUGGAUUCAAAUUAUUCAGGAUUUCGUGAAGUUUGGCUAGGUCAAUUUCGUACGCCUAAGUGUAGUUCAAAUAUUCUUAAAGCGAUGUAUGGAAUGUGUUUAUCGACGCCACGUUUUAGUGCAUUGAUAUUCGAUGGAUCGUUUCUAUCAAAUGAGCUAUUUAGUUUACUUCGUGGUCAGAUUACAACAGAAGAAUCAGAUUUAGAUGAAGCAAUUGAAUUGUCCAUUCAUAUUAGUACUGUAAUAAUAAAACAAAUCGUGUUACAAUAUGAUAAUAAUACAAGAAUUGAUCUACGAGAUCAAUUGACGAUUAAAGAUGAUCGAAAAUUUGAAAAACUUCAACCAAUAACUGGUCAUAUAGCUCAAUUAGCGAUGUCAUCUCAAGUACUACCUCAACGAGCUGCUUGCGCUCUUCAUCUAGUUUAUGCUAUCGCAUGUGGUGCUAAGUUUCUUCUAAAUCCUGAAGAAUAUAUUGAUACUUUGUCGACUAUAUUUGUUCAAUCAGAAUGUGAUUUUAUUGUUCGAUUUCCAUUUCAUCAUGGCCUUCUUGAUGGUUUAAUCAUGUUAAUAUUUCAUAUUGUUCAAGUCUUUAUUGUUCGAUUUCCAUUUCAUCAUGGCCUUCUUGAUGGUUUAAUCAUGUUAAUAUUUCAUAUUGUUCAAGUCGAUCCGCAAAAAUCGGUUGGUACUUUAAUUGAUUCUGGCCUAUUCUAUAUAUUAUGGCAACAGCUUCGUGCUGCUUUUCGUUCAUUGUAUCCAAAUAGUUUAAAUGAAGAAAUAUCAAUCAUAACAACGCCUGAUUGGAUUUUAAUAUCACGUGAUGGUAUUCAUCAAUUACUUCAAUUAACAUUAGAAUUAUUUCUUCAACGUAUGCAUAAGUGUUUAAGUUUACUCAUUCAACCUGAAAGUAUCAUGUUCGAAGCGCUGAGUUUGAUGUUAAGUAAAGAACUUACUGAACAGCUUGAUGUGAAGUCUUCUUCUUCCUUAACCAACGAAGUUUUCACAUUAACAUGUAAUAUUUUUAUGUUUCCAUUUUCAAUUGAAACAAGUGAAACAUUUCUUGAACGAAUAUUAGAGUAA